CCUUGACAAUCUCGCGAGCCCACACCCGGUCCAGCGACCUUUGCGUUGGAAAAUGUAGGCGUGAUUUCCAGCUUUUGGAAGCCCGGGUGCUUUACGAAAUCACGGUAGCCGGAGAGCCAUGGAGAUGGAACAGCUGACCUUCCGAGAUGUGGCUGUUGACUUCUCUCCGGAUGAGUGGGAAUGCCUGGACCCUCCUCAGCAGAGGCUGUACAGGGACGUGAUGGUAGAGAACUACAGAAACCUGGUCUCUGUGGCUCUUUCUCAUCAUUGUACCCAGAACUUUUCACCAGAACAGAUCCUAAAAUAUUCCUUCACAAAAGGAACUAACGGAAGUUGUGGCCUUAAGAAUUUAUACUUAAGGGAAGAUUGUACAUAUGUAGAUGAGAGUAAAGCCCACCAUGGUAGAGAUAUGCAAUGUCUAAUUACAAGCAAUACCAAAGAUGUCAUUGACAGCAGAGAUCAAGAACACAAAACCACUCUGACAAUAACUCCUGCGAGGCCAGAUACUUUGGAUGAGCCAAGUAUCUAUAACUGUAAAUAUCCGCAGGAAAGUUUUCAGCAUGACUUAACUUUGAAAGAAAGUUUGGAAGAUCUGAUAGAUGGGUUAAUGUUUUACCCAAACAGUUCCAUAGAUAAAGAAUUAAGAAGCAGAGGACUGAUAUCAACAAGUGAUCAAAUUGAGACUUUCUAUACUGAAAGAUCCUUACUCUUCAGUCAGCAAAUAGCUAUCUCCUAUGACCCAAAGCACAAUUCUAUUGAUUAUGGAUUGCCUGCUAUUGAUCCAUUAUCACAUAGCCCAAAUGGAGAUACAGAUGUGUGGGAAAGCCCUUUCAUGUAUAAGGAAACUAGCAAAGAUUUUAGUAGUGAAUCUUUACUAAAUAACUGCAAUGAUAUUAUCUUAGAGAAAUCUAGUCAGUAUAACAAAAUAUGUAACGACUUUAACCAUUGCUCAAGUCCCAACAAAUAUCAGUAUACUCUUCCAAAGAAGCCUUUCAAUUGUGAUAAUUUCUUUACUCAAUGUUCAAAGCUUUCUAUCCAUCAAUAUGUUCAAGAUAAUUAUUACAAGAGUAUCGAUUGUGACACAAUGUUUAAUAAAACUUUAAAUGUUAUUACACAUAAAAUUCAGCAUUCCCAGAAAUCCUACAAAUGUAAUGAAUGUGGCAAAGCCUUUAAAUAUUGCUCAAGUUACAGAAAACACAGAAUAAUUCACACAGGAGAAAAACCCUUCAAAUGUAAAGUAUGUGGAAAAUCCUUUACCCAAUGUGCAAGCCUUAAAAAACAUCAGAGAAUCCACACAGGAGAGAAACCCUACAAAUGUGAAGAAUGUGGCAGAAGCUUUAACCACUACUCAAUUCUUGGUCAGCACCAGAGGAUUCAUACAGGAGAGAAACCCUACAAGUGUAAACAGUGUGGGAAAUCCUUUACUCAGUGUUCAAGCCUUCAGAAACACCAAGUAAUCCACACUGGAGAGAAGCCCUACAGAUGUGCAGAAUGUGGCAAAUCCUUUACGCAAAACUCAACCCUUAGUCAACACCAGAGAAUUCAUACUGGAGAAAAACCUUACAAAUGUGAACAGUGUGGAAAGGCCUUUACCCAAUGUUCAAGCCUUAGAAAACACCAGAGAAUUCACACUGGAGAGAAACCCUACAAAUGUGAAGAAUGUGGCAGAGCCUUUAACUGCCGUUCAUCUUUUACUAAACACAAGAGAAUUCACACAGGAGAGAAACCUUACAAAUGUAAAGACUGUGACAAAGCUUUCAUCCACUGCACAAACCUUACUCAACACCGGAGAAUCCAUACAGGAGAGAAACCAUACAAAUGUAAUGAAUGUGGAAAAUCCUUUAGUCAGUGUUCCAACCUUAGAAAACAUGAGAGAAUUCAUACAUGAGUAAAACUAACAAAUGUAAAGAAUUUAGUAAAUCUUUUAUCCAUAGUCAAAAACUUGUGUAAUGUCCUAUAAUUCAAAUUGGGGUGAGUCCUACAGAGGCAGUGAAUGUAACAAAGUCUGAAUGUUAUUUACAAGUCAUUAUCAGAGAACUAAUUCUUCCUGGGGAGAAACCCUACAUCUGAAAAAUGGCAAAUUCUUAAAGUUUAUACCUCUUUACCAGACACCACAGAAUUCACUUUAGAAAUGAUCUUUUUUAAUGUGGAAAAAGUUUAAUUGUUGGUCAUCUCUUAUUAAGCUUUGAAUUCACACAUGAGACAAAGACUGGCAAAUGUGCAGAAUGGGACAGUUCUUUAUAGCUCUUCAGCUUUCACUAAACACAGAAAUUUGUAUCCAAGACAAAACCUACAAGUGCAGAAGAAGUGACAGACUUUUACCAUUUUGUACACCUUAACACCAGAGUUUAUACUGGAAUGAAACACUGCAGAAAUAACUAUUUCAAUGCCUUUACAUUCAAGGCAUAAAGCUCUUUAACACCAGAAAACAGUAAAAAUUUCAAUUUUGUCCCAAGUGCACAGCUCAAAAAACAGUAAAAUAUUUGUUUUAUGCAAGUAUAAGUGUAAUACAGCCUUGGUUAAUAUAUAGGCUCUUAAUAUAAUUAAUAAUAGAAGUCUACAAGUAUAAGUUUUCUAAAGCAUUUGCUUUUUGCCUAAAAUUUACACUGUUGUUUGGUAGAAAUUGGCUACUAUCAAAAACUCACUCUCAAAAUCUAUGAUUGUAUCACAUAUAUAAAGUUUUUAAAUAUUCUCACUCAUGAAAAUAAGAAAGUACCAUUCUUACAUUUAUAAGAAGAACAAGACUCAUUUAUAACAAGUGCUUGAAAAGAGUGUUUUUCCAAAGACUAGACAGUGCGUUUCCUAAUCCAAGAGAAAGUGCUAGAUGACAAAUAUUACUAAUGCAUUCAUGGGCAAUGAUGGGAUUCUAUUAAUCAAUCACUCCUAAGAUCUUCAAGUGAUUUUUCCUAAAUGGGCAUGAUGUGGCAGGCUCAGAGAUUUCAGAGUAUUUGUGAACUGAGACUGCUGCCUGCCCAGGAUAGGAGAGAGGAAAAUACCCUUGAGGUUCUCAUGCAGUGCCAGCCUCUAAUUGUGACCAGCUCCAAUACAGGUCUCCCCUACUAAACUGUGUCCCUGUUAGACACAAUAAGCACCACAUGCCAAGAAUGAGAGCAACACAGAGGUCUGGGUAACAGGCUGAAGGGUGGUACCAACAUAGCAGCACAAUAUAAAAUUGUUGCUACUGCUAGCAUCUGAAUUCAGCCAGCCUGGUAGAACACAGGCUCCACUGCCAAAUAGCAUAUGACUGCUCUGGGUUGAUCCCACCUUCAAGAGUCACUACCAAAUCAGGAAACCAGGAGUGCACAUGCACUCUACAGGGUUCAAAAGGGAAGGAUGCCAGGGCUAUGUAAGCAUCUGAGAUUUGACUCCUUUAGCCCAGGUAGUUUUGCAUCGGUAAAAGGAACUUGUUCUGAAGUUUAAAAAGCCACCUGCUUGAAGCUUCAGCUGACCUCACAGCAAUGCAGCAGGCAUCAGAGUUGUUGGUUUUUCCAUCUAGGGAGGACUGGAGACAAGGGUACAUGAAGAGGAGGAUCAGAAAGUCCUCUAACCCAACCAUGGUGAAUGGUAUGUAGGAUCUGGCUAGGUGAAGAGGUUAGAUGUGGAAUUAGAUGUGUCUGUAUGUUAGGAUAAGGUUAAAAGGAUCCUGACCUGAGACUCAUGGUUUGUGGAGUCCCAAAUGGUGCUUAAUCUAUGUUGGGGCACUGGAUAUGAGACCUCAGUAGAAGGUGGGGUGCCUGAAAGAGAGGGCUAGGCAAAGUGAGCCAGGCUUGCCCUGAUGAAGAGUUUGUAGGAUCUGCUUGGCCAAAGAGAUUAGUUAGAUGUAACAUGGGAAGGGACUAUAGUUGGGAAGUAAGUAGCAAGAGUCCUCCAGGCUUUGAAGUUUUGUAACGUAGAGCACUUCUGGCCUGCCCCGACCCAUGCUUCCUGAGUGUUGAGCCAGCUUCAUGCUCCUAUUGUUGCUACUUCCCUGACAACGCAAACUGCACCUUUGAAAUUAUGAGCCAAAAAAAAUCUCCCUUAAGUUGUUUUUAUCUUAGAAUUGUAUCACAGCAACGCAAACUAAUAGGGUCCUCAGUUCAAGCAUCCAGAACAGUUAGUUCAAAGGCAUUUGCCCUUUUAAUAAAGUUUUCAUUAUCCAUAAAUAUGAAUAACAUUCAUGAUAAAUAAAAGUGCAGAUGGGCUCAACCCUUUAAAGUUGCAAAGCUUGCUUGAGAAAUUUCCUUGCAUGGGUUUACAGGGUGGGUAAAGUCCUCUGCCUCUUGAUAACUUAAUUAGAAUUUAGCUGAAACUAAUAAGUGAAUCUGUUAGCCUCGGUUCUAAUAGGUAUGAGCAUGUGUGCUUGGUAGAUACUUUCUUUUGCUUUCUCUGGCCUGAGAAAUAAAGCAAUGUAGGAAAUCGGGCUGGAGUAGUGGUUGUGAAAAGAGUGAAAGCUUGUUUAAGCUGUGGAGGUUGGCCAUUGUGUUGGGUUUUUGGUUUUGUGUGUGUGUGUGUGUACACAUGUGUGUGUGAUGUAUGAGUGUGGCAUGUAUAUGCAUUGUAUGUGUGGUACCCACAGAAGUUGAAAGGGACUAUUCCAUACAUUGGAACUGAAGUUAUAGAUCGUGUUAUGUGAGUGCUGGGUAUCUGAAAGAGCAACAAAUGCUCUUAACUACUGAGCUGUCUCCACAGCUUCUAUGCUUUUUAAUAAACUGUUGUGUGUA